UUCCUGCGGGAGGGGGGCGGGAAAAAACGCCGGUGGACGGCAAACUUUCCCGCCAUGGAACCUGCGCCGCUUCGUGGCAACAUCACGUCCGGGAGCCGGUCUGCUUCUGUCUGCGCACCCUUGGCAUUCUAGAAGAAGAUUGCAUCUCGCCCUGCACCUGAUGGCUGUUCAAUGACAAAUAAUUGGGCCGGAAACGCGAAGGAGGUGUUUUUUUUUUAUUUUUUGUUUUUUUUCCCGCCCAUCUGUCAGGUGUCCACAUUUUUUGUUUUUUUGUCCCCACCGCCUGCCUCUUAUGGGAAUCAAGCACUCGUCCCGUUGCAUGCUCCUCAGGAGAAAAAUGGCGGAUUCUGAGAGCAAUGAGCUGCCACAGCCGCAGCCGGUCCGCAUCAUUCCAUCGCGGUCGGCUCAGCCCGCCUCCUUGCCAAAGCCUGUGCCUUCCAUCCAGCAGCCGACACCAAGACCUGUUCUACCGCCGCACACGCCACACGCCGCCGGCCUUCCCAACUGCUCUGGACGGGGCAAGAUGGCCAAGCCAUGUAACCCCGAGGAGAUGACCUCAAAGGACUACUACUUCGACUCCUACGCCCACUUUGGCAUCCACGAGGAGAUGCUAAAGGACGAAGUGAGGACCCUGACCUACCGCAACUCCAUGUACCACAACAAGCACAUGUUCAAGGACAAAAUAGUUCUUGAUGUGGGAAGCGGCACUGGGAUCUUAUCCAUGUUUGCAGCCAAAGCAGGAGCGAAGCACGUGUAUGGGAUUGAAUGUUCCAGCAUAUCAGAAUACUCGGAAAGAAUCAUCAAGUCCAACCACCUCGAGAGCGUGAUCACCAUCAUCAACGGAAAGGUGGAGGAAGUGGAGCUUCCAGUGGAGAAGGUUGAUAUCAUUAUAUCAGAGUGGAUGGGCUACUGUCUCUUCUACGAAUCCAUGCUGAACACGGUCAUCUUCGCCAGGGACAAGUGGCUGAAACCAGGUGGAUUAAUGUUUCCUGAUCGAGCCUCUUUGUACGUUUUGGCCAUCGAGGACAGGCAGUAUAAAGACUUCAAAAUACACUGGUGGGAGAACGUGUAUGGCUUCGACAUGACUUGUAUUCGCAAUGUGGCAAUCAGGGAGCCGCUGGUCGACGUGGUGGACCAGAAACAGGUGGUGACCAACUCCUGCCUGGUCAAAGAAGUGGACAUCUACACGGUGAAGACUGAGGAUCUUUCUUUCACGUCAGCAUUCUGUCUGCAGAUCCAGAGAAACGACUACAUUCAUGCACUGGUCACCUACUUCAACAUAGAGUUCACCAAAUGUCACAAAAAAACUGGUUUCUCCACAGCUCCUGAUGCUGCAUACACCCACUGGAAGCAGACGGUCUUCUACCUGGAGGACUAUCUGACCGUGCGAAGAGGAGAGGAAAUCACUGGCAGCAUUGCAAUGAAGCCUAACGACAAAAAUGUUAGGGACUUGGACUUCACCUUUGAGCUGGAUUUCAAAGGACAACUGUGCGAGGCAGCUAUAGCCCACGACUACAAGAUGCGCUAGAUUUUGCGGGAAGGGAAUGGGACUCCCCUGGAGAAGAGGAACCCUUACAGACCACACCUAGAAAACAGACUCCAAAUGACACGGAAGGUUGAAAAGCUAAUCUGAGGUGGCCUCUCUGACAUCUCGCUGUAAGACAGGAAGCCUUUGGUGCAGACUGUUAAACAACCCUGAAUGUAACACUGAAAUAGAAACAUUUCCAACUUGCUGAAAGUUAGUGAUUCUUGCUGUAGGUGUAAGUGAAAUGGAGUGACGUACCCGUGUUUUUUGUUCAGUUCAUAAUUAUAUGGCCCUCAUAUUCGUCUUUUAGUAAUACUGUUGGUGAAAUGUUGGUUCUACGGAUAGCGAGUUGUGUCAAUUUAUGCUCAGUGAUGUUAGAAUUUGCGUCCGAGCACCACGGCCAAGGACAUACUUGUUGCAGGUACUGUACUGUAUGUACAGCAGGUCUACUCAUGUGUGCGUUACGUUAAAGAUAAUUUGUUGUAAAUAGUUGUCGUGCUGAUUCUGUGUGUGAUGAAUGGUGUUAAAGGCAGAUCUCCAUAGUAGUGUGCUCUUCAGUAUGUUGUCCGUUUGAGCCGGUGGUGUUUGACCUGCCUUUAAAAUUGGUACACAUGUAUAAUCUGACGAGAUCUAAUACAAGAACUUUAUUAAAAACUUAAACCUUCUAAACCACCGGGAAAAAUUAGGGCUGUCCUCGGCCAUUGGUUUUCAUAGUCCAAUAUGAUUUGUCAGCUCAGUCGAUUAUGGGCAAAACAUUUGUGUUUGUAUGUUAGCAAAGAACAAAGCCAAUGGGGAUCCCUACAAAUAAAAUCUCAUUAGCGACUUGUUCCACCUCAACAAGGCUGAAACGGCAGAAGUUGGAUAGUUUGGGGUCGGCUUCGGCACACCCACUGUACCUAAGAGGCCUCGGGUACUCAACUCACCUCCUGUCAGAAUCCAAAUCAAAUUGUCGUUUAUUCCUAGAAAGACAACCAUAGAAACUACAAUAUUAAUAAUAACCUAAGUACAAUACAUCCCUGCAAAUUCGCAAUUCAGCAUUAUUUUUCAUUUACACUCUAGUCAGAAUAGGCACUUUUCUUUCCCCCGCAGAAAACACAUUUAGAUCCUCUUAAUAUUGCUACAAAAUUUAAGGAGAAUGUCAAAUUAGCAGAAAGGUUUGGAGGAGGAGGAUUGAGCCGUGUGUCAAAAAUAGGAUUUUGUAUAAGCAAACUGAUUACUGGCUGAGUUUCGCUUUUAAUGGCUGGCCACUGAACAUAACCCUGCGAUUGGCUGGGAUAUACCGUUGUUAUAUUUAGACAUAUAGAGGCAUUUUUUUAUUAUAGUUCUUGUAUUUGAUCUCAUAACGAGGAGGCUUUAUUCCGUGCUUGAUGCCUUUACCUAAGAUCCCAAGUGUUCCUGAUACAACUUCCGCAAUGCUGCAUCUACAAUUGCUUUAAUCUGUAAACACUUUGCUUUGUGUUUUCAUACGCUUUAGUCAGCCAUGUCAAACCUGUUAAGAGUGACAGUAAUGGAAAUGCGAACCCCCCCCCACCCCCCAAACAACAAUUUAGUGACACUUAACUGUACGCUUUUGCUCUAUAAAUAUGCUUUUAAGUUAUUUGGGAAGGUAACCCAGCAGGCACAAGACAUGUUCUUGAAAACUGACUUUGAAAUAACGUUGCAAAAUUGUUGUGUUUGUAAAUUUAGACAACAUUGAUGCAAUAAUAAUAAUAGAUUUUAUUUGUAAAAAAAAACCACUCUACGUUGAGCAAACAACCUCAAAGUGCCACAGUGUAAAAAAAAUAGUAAUAAUAAUAAAAAUAAAUAAAAUAUAAAACUAGAAAUAGCCCAAUAGCUAGAACCAGCAAGCAUAUCUAUUUUUUGUUUUUGUUUUUUUUUAAAAAGAAGGGUUUUUUAAGCCUUUUGUAUAAGCAUCCACAGUCUGAGGUGCCCUCAUGUGGUCAGGGAGAGCGUUCCUCAAACUGGGAGCAGCGGAGCAAUACGCCCGGUCUCCCAUACUUCGUAGCUUUGUCCUUGGAGGUUGGAGUGGAGAUGUCGUGUGGAGGAUUUGGGGGUGAGCAGUUCUUUGAGGUAGACGGGGGUAUUUUCAUGGAGGCACUGGAGAGUUAGUAGGGAGAUUUUGAAUUCAAUCCUGAGUGGAACAGGAAGCCAGUGAAGGGAUUUGAGAGUCGGUUUCCAAGUUGUUGGUUACGUUGGUCUACGAUGAAUUAACGUAGUCAAAAAGCAUGUUGUUUCAACGUUAUGUUUGAGUUGCUCAACGUCAAUUCAACAAGUUCUCAACGUUGUUUUAAGGUCUUGUGCCUGCUGGGAAUGAUUAGGAUGUUCUAUCCGAGGAGGUUUUAAAUGAUUUUAAAGCCUCAACAAGGUGUGGUGUCGAUUAAACACACCCUUUAUAAAGCAUGCGACUAAUAUUAAUAAUUAUUGAGCAAAUACCUGCUUUCUCAAAGGAAUUCGCUUUUUAAUCAGAUGUAUUUUCAGAGUUUUCUGGCAUCUACAAAUAUUAUAGGAACAUUGUAUACAUUGUUAGAAGUCAUAUCUUAACUUUUUUCAUUGAUUUCAAGGAACAUUUGUAUUUAUUUCUUUACAAUUUUGCAAUGUGACAUACAGAAAUGUUUUUAUUCUUUUCAUGUGUAUUAUAACUUUUGAUUUGAAAUAAAUACUAUGUUUCAUAAUUUGUAACGACACCUUGAAAAAGGAAUAAACUGCAACG